AUGAUUUUGAUAACAAUAAUUCAUUUACUUCUUCUUCUUGUGGCUUUCUCAUCAUUAACAGCUACAAAUUUCGAACAAUUUGGUCUCAAACUUUAUUCAACUGUUAAUCAAAAUAAGAAGAAUGAAAAUAUAUUUCUUUCACCAGCAAGUAUUUCUCUUGCGAUGUCAAUGUGUACAGUUGGUGCUCAACAAGAAACGUUAAAUCAAAUGUUAAAAACCUUUGAAGUAUCAUCAAGAAAAGAAUUAAUAAAAACAGCUGAACAAAUAAUGCAUAUCUUUUCUAUUGCUAAUCAAGAUAAACAAGUUCAACUUAAAUUAGCUAAUCGUCUUUAUGCACAAAAAGCAUAUCAACUUCAAGAAGAAUAUUUAAAAAUUGUUCAAAAUUCAUUUAAAGCAGAUAUUAAACUGGAAGAUUUUGAAAAUGAAGGUGCACAAGCUGUUCAAAGAAUCAAUACAUGGGUUGAACAACAAACAAAUAAUUUAAUUCGAAAUUUACUUUCAAUAAAAGAUGUGUCACCUGAGACAAGAUUAAUAAUUAUUAAUAGUAUUUAUUUUAAGGGUACAUGGAUAAAAGAAUUUAAUAAAAAUUUAACAAAUGAAAAUGCUGAUUUUCAUGAAACGAAUGGUAAAAUUUCUAAAGUAGCAUUAAUGCAUCAACGAGAGAAAUUUGCUUAUGCUGAGGAUAACGAUUUACGUGUACAAAUUGUUCAUGUACCAUAUAAAAGUGAAAAUAAAGAUAUUGAAUUUGUUUUUACGGUGAUUUUACCCAAUCGAGGAGUUCAAUUAGAUGUUGUGGAACAAAAAUUAGCAUCACAGCCUGAUUCAAUGCAAAAAUUAUUAAGUCAUCAAAAUAUAAGAACAGAAGAACUUCAUUUAUAUUUACCAAAAUUUAAAAUGGAAGCUACAUUUGAAUUAAGUGAUAUUCUUCAACAACUUGGAAUGAAAGAUGCAUUCAGUAGUUAUAAAGCAAAUUUUACAGGAUCAGAAGCAGCAGCAGCUACAGCCGUUAUCAUCGGUAUUUAUGCAUCAAUCAAUCCACCAUCACAACCCAUUGAAUUUAAAGCUGACCGUCCAUUUCUAUUCUUCAUUCGUGAAAGUCGACAAAAUAUUGUCUUAUUUAGUGGCAGAUUUAUUUCACCACCGACAAACUCAUAA